CGCUCUCGCGUCCUACAACGCCCGCCAGCUCACCAGCUAUCAGAGGAAGCACUCAUCUCAGAAUUCCACCCAAAAUGCCCGAUACACCUAUCACGGUAACACCGCGCGUGGUCCCCGGAGCCCCGCCCCCGGCCCCUGUAUCUAAAUCACAAAAGAAGAAGCGCAAGGGUGGCGCAAAGACGAAGGAAGAGAGCGAGGCCGGCUCUCAUGUCGCUGUCCCGGACACGACAAGUGCUGCGCUGAUCGAGGAGGCCCCCAAGGAGAGUGAUGUGAAGGAGGGGAUUGUUGCCCCCCAGCUGGUCGCGCAGCCAUCGGAGGGGGAAGCUGCGACGCCCAUCGGCGAACACAAGCCGACUCCUAUCGUUGAUAUGCUGAACAAGAGGUUAAAGGCGAACGGGAAGAAGAUCACUAGGAUACAGCUAUAUCAGAAUGAGCCUCCGGAGAAGCUGAACGAAGACCAGAAGCGCUUGCUCAAGACCCUCCCGACUCUUGAGGCCGUCAGCAAGGAACUUGAAGAAGUCAAGAAGGCGAUCGAGAUUCACGAAGCAGAAGUCGCUCAGGAGCUCGCGUUCGUGAAAGCCCAGGCCGCCCGCGUGCAGGAGGGGAGGCUACGUGAUGCUGUCGCAGCUACUCAGGCCGAAUACCUCGAGAAGACGGCUGAGCUUGUAACCUUCCUUCGCUUGCUCAAUGUGCUAUCAAACGGGCAACCUGAGGCAUUUACCCUCAACCUUAGCGAGACGGAGGGCAGUGUCAUCUACUCGAUCACAAACACCUUGUUCCACGAGAAUCCACAGGGGAAGUCUGAGGUGAUUCGUGGCAUUUUCACUGGCGAGGGCGACCAUCUCGGCGUACCUUAUUCGCGCAUCAGGGAGAUACAGGAUCAAUUCUUGCACCCUCCGCCGCCUCAAGAGACGCCCGCUGAUGUUUCUCCCGCGUUUGUACCUGAGGAGACAACUGUCGGUGGUGUCCCGCCGAGCGCGGGUCCCUCCGGGGAGAUUCGUUUCAUCAUGACGGAUGAACUUGCAGAAGCCGAAGCCGAAGCCGAAGUCGAAGUCGAAGUCGAAGUCGAGGCUGACAACCAGGCAGACGGCACUGAAUGGGUCGAGGUUGCGCCCACAGAAAAUGGACCCACAGAGGUUGAGGUGACGGAGACCGUUGUUGAGGCCCAGAUUAACGGGCAUACAAUCGUUGAGGACACUGUCACGAUCACUACAUUAACCGAGGUGCCUGCUGCCUCGGGCCAGCUGAGCUGGGCGGACGAGGACCAUGAAGAGCUUCCUUCGCUGGCUAACCUCCAGGCUCACUACGGCACCUCCAGUGAAGCAUCACCUGCCCCCGAACCCGAACCCGCUGUUCCGGAGACUCCUCAGACUCCUCAGACAAACGGAAACAGUCAGCUUGUCGAUGAAGAUGGCUUCACCAUACCCCACAGAGGUCGCGGACGCGGACGCGGCUUCCGCGGUGAGCGUGGUGCCUACCGCGGUGAACGUGGCAAUUUCCGUGGCGAGCGUGGCGGGUUCCGCGGUGAACGUGGUGGCUAUCGCGGCGGCUUCCGAGGCGAACACCGUGGAGAGCAUCGUGGAGAGCAUCGUGGAGAUAAUCGUGGAGAGCAUCGUGGAGAGCAUCACGGUGAGCACCGUGGUCGGGGCGGCUUCCGUGGAGAGUAUGGUGAGCGCGGCGGUUUCCGUGGCGAGCAUGGCGAACGCGGUGGUCGCGGUGGAUGGCGAGGGGGUGACCGUGGUUUUCGCGGGCGGCCCGAUGGGGAUUGGCGCGGCGGUCGCGGCGGGAGGGGUCGAGGACGAGGUGAGCCCAUCUUGGACCUCCCCCUUCACGAAUUGGUUCCUCAACUAGUUCAUCGUGCAGGUGAACAGGAGGCUCGCGCUCAGGGUGGACCUGCCGCCGCGGCAUAGGUUGAAGUUACGAGGGCUCGCUCGCUGCUCCUGUGUGGUUGAGGCUGUCAAAAUAGGUGAGGUAGCAGUCAUUCUUGAUCGGACUGUUGUUAUAUCAUAGCGCGGACUGCUACCUGUCCGCUGAUUCCCCUUUGUCUGUCAAUCUACUGCUCUGAUGUAGUGCUCUCUCCACUCCUUGUAGUUGGACGAGUGCUCUGAGUCGUGUGAAUGUCU